AUGUACCUUGGCUCUCCAGAUUUUAUUAUUACCGAUGCAGGAAAGAAUUUCCUCGCCUCAUCUGUUAGUAUGAUUACAGUCAACGUUCCUGUCGAAGCACAUUGGUCAAUUAGUAUUGUUGAACGUUACCAUACUGUACUAUGUCGCUCGUAUGAGAUCAUUUCAGAAGAAGUGCCAGAGCUUGCACCUGAAAUGGCGCUUCAAAUGGCCAUCAAAGCUGUCAACAAUACCGUAGGUCUAGAUGGCUACGUUUCUACACUUCUUGUCUUUGGAGUGUACCCCCGAAUGACGGACUAUAGUCCUCCCGCAUCCACAGUCGUUCAACACGCUGCUACAGUCAAGAAAGCAAUGACUGAAGUACAAAGGCUUCACACUGUACGCCAAGUCAACAACGCGCUCAAUAUUCGCAAUGGACCAUCGUCUACGCUCACAUGCUUAUAUAGCGUGAAGAAAGGACUGUACAAGCUUAUAUCAAUUGAUAGAGAAAUGUGCACCGUGGAGCUCCCCAACGGACCUACAAAGUUUAGGUUAACUGUUGUCAAACUAUACUAUAAAGAUAACGAUUUAGAGCACAAAGAUGACGAGCAGCUAGCUCCAGAGGAAGUACCACCUAUAGCACCGUCAAAUACACCAACUCCCACACCUCAAGUCGCUACACCACCGUCCAAGCCUAAUAACGCUAAAGCAUAA